AUGUGCUCCUGGGUUGGUGGCCUGGGCUCUGGCCUAGGCCAUUCCCAGGGAGGAGUGGAUGGCAGUGAGACUUCCUUGACCGGCUCCAACUCGGAUCUCACCAUGGACUUUGGUGAUGUCAUAUCAUCUCAGACAGAAAUCAAUAGACUCCUCAAUGAGAUCCAAAGACUGGAGGCUGAUCUUACACUUUGGAAACAUUUGUCCAAGGGACCGAAUAGCUCAGACUCCAAUGCCAUCUGGAAACUGAAGAGCACCAUCAGGGACCUAGAAGAGAGGCGGAUGAGGGAGAUCGAGGAACAUCAACUCGGAGUUGCGAUACUGCACAGUGUCCAUCAAGAAAAACUGGCCGACAUCACUGACAGGCACCGCAAACAACUCCUCGAGUAUGAAAGACGGAUAGAAGACCUGCAACAUCAAGAGUCUGCCAGUCAUGGGAAAGAUGACUUACUUCAAGAAAGGGAAACUGAGCUUAGAAGGUUGAAGCAACAACUUGCAGAAAUGGAGCGGCUGAAUGACCGUUUAAACAACGUUGCUUCUGAUCUCAGAGCAGAAAACCAAAAGUUGGUUUUGGCGCUCCAGGAUGUAAGACAUCAGCUGGAAGAAUCUAUUCUCCGGAACAACGAGGAUUCUCUGGAAAACAACACUGCUGUGAGGGCUUUAAAAAUAGAAAAAGGACGGUUAAUAGCAAAAUUGGCUCGGGCGGAAAAGAAGCUGUUGGAGGAAACAAACAAGGAUGAGCAAACUAUCAAAGAAUUGUCCCCUUUAGAGCAUGUGCAUUGCAUUCAACACAGUCAAGAGAAAGACCUGGAAAUAGUACACCUCAAAAAGAGGAUCGAGCAGAUGGACGCCGACCAUACAGAAACGAAGGAAAUGCUGUCCUCUGCUCUGGAGGAGCAGAAGCGAUUGACACAACUCGUUAAAGAGAAAGAGAUGUAUAUUGAAGAACUUACAGGAAGUCCAGAGCUUCAGGAGGAAUUCGGUCAGUCUACCCAAACCUUCAGAAGUAAUGACAUUUCCCAGCCAUCCGUGGAGGACAAAGACAGGUGUCUCCCAUCCGUGACAGGCGAAAAUCCUCAUCUGAGAGAAGAACUGGAGAGCCUAGGACAACAGAGUCGCUCUGUUCCUGCGCUCGACCCUAAAAUCCUAGACGAGAUCGUAGAACUGGAGUGUGAGGUGUUUCAACUCCAGGAGUUAAAGGAUGAUCUCGAGGAGGAAAUCAGAGAGCAGCAGAAGAUCAUUCACAACCAGCAGCAGGGGAAGAUAGGACUGCUUCAUUCUUUACAAGAGCAGAAGCAGAAAGUGGAGCAGCUCCAAUACCAGCAGGAGCAGAUGAAUAUUGAACACGCUCAGCUCCUUUCAGCGAAAGACGAGGAGAUUCAGCAUUUGCAGGACACGAUAGACCAAAUGAAAGCCCGGUUGCCUGACAAAAGCCAGCACAUUCCGACAGAAGACUGUGAUGAUGUGGAAGUCCCAACCAGUCAGCCUCUUCCCAGACAAAACGCAAGUGAAAAGCUUGAUUCACGUGAAGCCGAAACUCAAAUAUCAGUCCUAGGAAUCAAAGAACACGAACUGGAGAUGAAGCUUCUAACUGAACAGAACAUCCGACUGACGGAACAGAUGGAUCGGCUCUCCAAAGAGGAGAUUGGUAAACUAACUCAGAUUAUCCAGCAGAAAGACUUGGAGAUUCAGGGUCUUUCCAGCAGGAUCUCUGCGGCUUCUCACAGCCAGAACGGGGACGUGGAGCGACUUCAGCGGCAAUUGCAAGAGUACGCUUGGAAAAGCGAACAGGUCUUGGCGGUCUUAAAUGAGAAAACGAGGGAGAACAGCAAUCUGAGGACAGAGUAUGACAAAAUGGCGGAUAGGAUGGCUGCCACAGAAGCAGACCUCCGGCGGAUGCAAGAGGAAAAUCAAAAACUGUCCACUAGAAUGGACAGUAGUGGUCAGGAGAUGUUUAGAGAAACGAUUCAGAAUUUAUCACACAUCGUUCGAGAAAAAGACCUCGAAGUGGAUGCGUUAAGUCAGAAAUGUCAGACUUUAUUGACACUCCUGCAACCCUCCAGCCCUGGUAAUGAGGUUCGAGGCGUUCAUAUGGAUCAGUUCAAGCAGCUUCUACAGGAACGGGACACAUUAAAACAGCGAGUGAAGAUCAUGGAAGAGUGGAAACAGCAGGUGAUGACCACAGUCCAAAAUAUGAAGCGUGAGUCACCCCAGCUUGAGAGAGAGCUGGCACAACUCCAGGCGCGGGCUUUCACCAGCAGCGAGAAGGAUUCUGAACUACCGACGACCUCUAGUGACCUGAUGCAGACGUACAAAGGCAAUGAAAUAAAAUUACAACAUUUAGAGAAGGAACUGGCACAAAUUCAGCUCAGCAUCGGGGAGCUUUGCAAUGCCAAGGAUCUCCUUCUAGGGAAACUGGACGUGAUUUUCCUCGAGCCCUCCCCCGACUGCUCAGAGUCAGCGGACUCUCUGGAGCCCGUGAAAUCUGACAGAGUGGGUGAGGCUUCUGAGUUGCUCCAAGUGGAGGUAGAAGAGCUGAGAAAAUCAAUGCAAGAAAAAGAUAGGAUGAUUCGAACCCUCCAGGAAGAUAAGCAGAGAUGGACUGAUUCAGUGGCUGCCACGUGGGAAGGAGAAGGCCCAGAACAGGAACACAGGGAUUCCGACAUCGAGCAGCUGAAGGAGAAACAGGCCGUUCUACAAAACUUCAUUCGGGAUCAGGAGCUCCGAAUCCAAGCGAAAAGUGAGGACUUGCUUUCUUUGCAGGAGAACUUCCGUAGCCAAGUGAGUGAAAAUGAACUUUUGAGGCAGACGGUCACCAAUCUGAAGGAGAGAAUAGCAGAGUUGGAAAUGGAUGUGUGUCAACCGAGAGAGGAAAAUGCAAAAGUCGAGGAAAACUCUCGAGAAAAGGCAGUGGGAGAUGAGGCACUGCAAGAGACAGAUAGGCUGCUUUCAGUGAUGCGGAGAGAGGAGGAAUCCCAGGGUGCUGCGAUGAAAGAGAAGGCACUUGCUUUGGAGCAACUAUCGCAAGAGAGAGAAGAGCACGAGACCGGGGUAUUGAACCGGCCGGUCAGUGCAGUUCCAUCAAUGCAGGGAAAGACAGUUCUGUGCCAACAGGGGAGAGAUGAAGUCCUGUUGGCCCUGACACAGAAACAAAUGGAAACCUGUGCCCUCCAGAAGGAGGUUCGCCAUUUACGUGAGAGCGAAUUACGCCUAACCCAGGAGCUGGAGAGACGGCGACACCUCGCUCUAGAAGCCGAAGACGCUCAUCGCCGGGAAGCUCUGGCCUCAGAAGACAAAGUGGCUCAACUCAGGAAGGAAGUGACGGUCUUGCAGGGAAGACUCGUUUUGUCUUCCACUGCCAUGGAAAAUGCCAGCCGAGGAGCCAGUCUGCAGGUAGAGUCGCUGCAGGAGCAACUGCACGUGGUGACCCAGCAGAAAGAGGACACUGCGCUCCAGCUUGCUGCCUCGCAGGAAGAAGGAAGGCAGUAUGGUCACAUCCUAGCUGACCUCAAGUUGGAACUCGCCGAAUGGAUGGAAAAGGCAGACAGCCUCGAAGGAAAACUGAAGUCAUUGCAGGGACGAUUACAUAAAACAAAUGCUGACUUGGAGCUGAAGGAAGACCAACUCCAAGAAUUCCAGAAACAGAAUGAGGUCCAGCAGGAAAUCCUGGAGGACACACAGAAGAAACUGAUGAACUUAGUCAGUAAGUCCGAAGGAAUGGUGGACAAAACCCUACUAAGGAGACUCUUCCUGGGAUCUUUCCAAGCCCCUGACGCUGAACGGCAGGAAGCCUUAAGGUUGAUGGGAAGCAUGCUGGGGAUCCGAGAAGACCAGAUGCGGCAGCUGUUCAGUGAAGGGCCAGGUGGUGGUACCAGCUGGAUGAGUCGGGGGCCUGGAUCCAAAAGCGCCCCCAACACACAUGUGAAGCCAAAUCACCGACCUAUGGCCAAGAAUUCUUUUUCAGGGCUUUUCGUCCAGUUUCUAGAAGCGGAAUCUCAUUCAGCUUUGCCACCACCAAAGCCCUCUGCUCAUGACGUGAAGCCCCCAGAUCCCGGAGGAAGGGGAAAACUGGCUAUGAAACAAGGCCCAGCACGUCUGAACACUACCCUAGCAUCCACAUCCCGGAAAAAAGAUGUGAAGCCCCGCACCACAACGGUGUCUCUUAUUACCCCACCUGGACCGGAAGCGGAUGGAUCGGAGCACCUUCUUCUAAAUGCCGUCACUGAUGCUUUGCCCACGUACGCACCCCAAAUACUGUCACCUGCGGAGAAGGUUGGAAUGGCGGCCAAAGGCCUCUCAAAGAAAUAG